AUGCAGACGGCGUAUAAAGUCUACGUAGGAAUACUGGAGAAGAGAUUGAAGGUGGAGGUGGAGAGUAAAGGACUGCUUCCAGACUCGCAGGCUGGCUUUAGAGAAAGGAGGGGGACCAUAGAUAAUAUUUACGCUUUGAAUUAUCUGAUCAAUCGGGAAGUAGGUAAAGAUAAAGGGAAAAUGUUGGUGCUGUUCGUAGACUUUAAAUCUGCGUUCGAUACGGUGGACAGAAGUGAAUUAAGUGUGGCUAUGAGGAAGAGAGGAGUGAGCGAGGGUCUAGUGAGAAGAUAUGAGGUAGUUCUGAGUGAAACGUGUGAACGUGUGAGGAUUGGCAAAGAGCUAGGAGAGAGGUUCUGGACGGAAAAAGGAGUAAGAUAG